UAUAAUACGUUUUUUUUUUGGUUUCGGGUUGGGGUGCCCUUAGUAAACAUGUGAUGAUCACCAAGUUUUGUCUCUUGUUUGCUUUCUUCCAUUUCUCAGUUCCUCUUUCUCACAGCUUGAUUCUACAGACACAGGUUUACCCCAGUCAAAGAUGAAUAUAAUGAAUAACCUUUCUUCAACUCUAUGUAGAAGAGGGAAUCUACGAGAGCUGAUUACCAAUGUUUCCGUCUAUAGUGGUCUUUCUGAUGUAGCAGCAGAAGGAGGACUGGCAAGAUUGAUGGUCAGACGGUGGGCCACAAAAAAGGCUGCCGGAUCAUCAAAGAAUGGUCGUGAUUCUAAUCCCAAGAAUUUGGGGGUGAAGAAAUUUGGCGGGGAGCGAGUAAUUCCUGGAAACAUAAUAGUACGCCAGCGGGGCACAAGAUUUCAUCCUGGAAACUAUGUUGGAAUCGGGAAGGAUCACACCUUGUUUGCGUUGAAAGAAGGUAAUGUUAAAUUUGAGCGUCAUAAGCUGAGUGGCCGUAAGUGGGUUCACGUCGAGCCCAAAGAUGGUCAUGUGCUUCACCCUGUCUAUACCAAUAAUCCUAAAGAAGGUCAUAUUAUCUACGCCGAUAAAACCCCUGUUGUACUUGAGACAGCUAAGGCUUAGGGUUUAACGUUUAGAAAGCAACAAUGAAUUCGUUAAUCCCUGUUCCCAUAUAGGAUUUUGGAGGAUUGUUCAUUGCCUUUUUACUUUUAUAGUGAAAUUUCAGGGUUUAUUUUCUUCAGUUGGGUAAUUUUUAGGCUGGGAUUUUCAUUACUCUUUGUUUCAGCUCUUUUUCUGUUUUAAUCUUUUACACACAGAAACAGUUUCUUAUUAUGAAUAUACCAUCGGAAAGUAGAAACCCUUUAGCUA